AUGGAGACCCAGCAAGGAGCUGAGCUCUGCUUUCCACAGCUUCUGAACACCUCCUGCAAGAAGCCUACACGUCAUCACUCUGGAGUUGUGCUCUUCUACUUUCUGACCUUCAUCGCUCUGAUGACUGCAGCUCUCAACCUGCUGGUUAUCAUCUCCAUCUCCCACUUCAGGCAGCUCCAUACCACAACCAACCUCGCCCUGCUCUCUCUGGCUGUCUCAGACUUCCUUGUGGGCCUCGUGGUGAUGCCAGUUGAAAUCAUCCAAACUGAGACCUGCUGGUUCUUGGGUGACCUCAUGUGUGCUGUGUAUUAUUUGUUGCCCUUCAUCAUUAUCUGUGCCUCUGCAGCAAGCAUGGUGCUCAUAUCAGUCGACCGCUAUUUGGCUAUCUGUUACCCUCUGCAUUACCCCACCAAAGUCACGGUAAAAAGAGUCAGAUUCUUUGUGUGCGUGUGCUGGUUUUACGCUUUUGUUGUUAGUGUUCUGCUGUUAUAUGAUAACCUGAAACAACCUGGCGGGUAUAACUCUUGCUAUGGGGAAUGUGUGGUUAACAUUUCAGGGGAUCUGGACCUUGCUUUCAGCUUUGUUAUUCCUAUAUCUGUGAUCGUGGUUCUGUAUUUGAGAGUGUUUGUGGUUGCUGUCACUCAGGCUCGGGCCAUGCGCACACAAAUCACCACUGUUACACUACAGCAUUCACAGACUGUAAUGAGAUCUGAGCUGAAAGCAGCCAGGACUCUUGGCAUCGUUGUAGCUGUGUUUCUGAUGUGUUACUGCCCAUAUUACUGUGUCUUCCUCAUAAGUGGCAAAAUAUUAAUCGGCUCUACAGCUGAAGCCCUCAUGGGUUUUCUCAUGUAUUUUAACUCCUGUCUUAACCCCUUGAUCUAUGCCUUUCUCUACCCGUGGUUUAGGAAAGCUGUUAAACUCAUUGUUACAUUAAAGGUAGCACAGACCGGCUCCUGUGAGGCCAACAUAUUGUAGGGUGGGAAUGCUUUUUCUUUUCUUUGAAGGAGGGAAACGCUGAGGUGAAAUGAAUGCUGUAGUUGCAAAAUAAUCUCAAAACAUGUCCCACAGUCCAGCUUUUCUUGGACAUGUGAAAAUACAAUGCUGGAGACUGUGAGAUGUGGUGGAAAGAAAAGACAAUAUCAA